UACUCAUAGCAGCAAGCAAGAACGAACAAGCUAGUUCACAGUAGGAGGGCAACAAGAUCUUCCAUAGCUAGCGAUGGUUCUGGGAUUGAGCUGCUUGGGUGCUCCUGCUGCAGCCGGGAGUACGGGGAAGAAGAAGGUGUCGCCGGCGAAGCAGCAGCAGCAGCAGCAGCAACCUGAUUCAGUUCAGAAUCAGGAGCAGCAGAAGCAGUAUUGCUCGAAAGAAGCAGAUGCUGCAGCUGGCGAGGAGGAGAAGAAGAUAGGAGGAGAUGCGAGUAAGGUCGAGAGGAAGAAGAAGAAAGGUGGAUCAGCUCCCAUCUUGGUGCACCAUUUUCCCUUCCACUCCCGCCCUGGCCUGCUCUGAAUUGAUCUGCAUCGAUCACCACUCAUCUUGAUGAUGAAGAUGAUGAUGAAUGGUUUGUGUAAAAGUUCAGUACAUAUUACGGUUUUAGUUUAAAUUUAGGGACAUAUUGUUUGUUUCAUGCCUUGAUGUGAAGAGAAAAGUUCAGUUGAUUCUUUGGCCCCCUUUUCCACCUCUCUUUAACCUGUGUAGUCACAAACUACAUGCUUUCUUUUGUUAAAGAAUGAAGAGAAACAAACACCACACAUAAGCUUA